AUGAAGGACAGUGAAAGGAACAUUGGAUGUGAAGCACCAGGAAGGGGGGAAAAUGAUAUCAUCCUGGUACCCCAGCCAACAAAUGACCCAAGUGACCCUUUAAACUGGAACAAACUGCGCAAAGAAUACCAUUUCUGGCUGCUCUGGAUAUGGGGAUUCAUUGCAACAGUCUCUGUUAACUGGGUCGGCCCAGUUUGGACACAACUUACAAUCAAUUUGAACACUACAUUCAGCCUUCUGAAUGUUUCAUCGGCUCUCGGUUAUUUAUUUCUCGGCAUAGGCUGCGUUUUGCUUCAACCGAAUGCCAUGAAGAUUGGUCGGCGUCCAGUAUAUAUUUUUGGUACCCUGCUUAAUGUCAUUGGCUUUAUCGUGGGGGGUAUUCAGGACACCGUUGAGCAAUUUUUUGGAGUUAGUGUUUUGACAGGCUUGGGAGCAGCUCUAGUUGAUUCUCUCGUGCAAAUUUCUACUACAGAUAUCUUUUUCGCACACCAGAAGGGAACUAGGCUGAGCUUACUUGUCUUCACUCUGAAAGACCAAUAUACCUCGGAAGAGACGUCUACAACCCUCGAAUCAAAGGGAAAAGAAGCAACGGAGUCUGUUGAACCAGCGCAAGACCCCGUUCCGCCUGCACCCAACUCCUAUUGGAAACAUAUGGGUCUAUUCAAUAUAGCUCAUGCCGACUCUAGACCAUUGUGGCUGGUGACUUUAAACCCCUUUACCCUAAUCACAUAUCUGCCGUACUAUGGGGAGGCCUUCAUCGGUGGUAUUCUCGGUAUGAUGUGGGGUGGCUUUGUCUCCGACUGGUGUAUUCUAUACUUCUCCCGUCGAAACAAAGGCAUACUUGAACCAAAGUUUCGUCUAUGGACUAUGGUCAUACCCGCUAUUGUUAACACUGCCGGACUCUUGAUGCAGGGACUUGGAGCUCUCAGUGGUGUCAUGUGGAUUAUGCCUGCCGGCUUUGGAAUGGUAUUCAUCGCAUUUGGCAUUGGAAGUGGUGCUGCUAUUGCUAUUACAUACGCGAUUGACUGCUAUCCUAAGAUGGCUUCGGAGGCAUUGGUAUUUAUGCUCUUCCUAAGGAGUUUUAUUGGAAGUGGCUUUACAUUUGCUAUCCAACCGUGGUUGCAGCACGAUGGUCUCCAGAAUACAACCAUAAUAAUGUCCCUUAUAUGCUUUGUUUCGAACAUAUCAUUCCUACUCUUUACGUGGAAGGGAAAAGCCUUUCGCGAGUGGACAGCCGUGAGAUAUCUCGAGGCCCAAGAGAAACAAUUGCGAGUAUAA